GGUCCCUGACGGUUUAUUUUGACAGACGGCUUCGCUCACCUGCUCCUGCGUGUUGGAGAAGUUUAAGCUCAGAAAGUUAAAGACUGAAAACCCUUUUUCCUGUCAGCUUUAACACUUUUAGCUCAUUUAACCGACAGCGGCUGUUGUUCCUGGUUGCUAGGGUUACCCGUUACCAGGGUUACUAUGGCUGACCAGGCUGCUGAAGAAGAUGAGCAGGGAGUAGCAGAAGGAGGAUCUCUCACUGAAGCCCAGAGACAGAUGUUGGACAGAUGUCUGCACGCGCUCAGGCACGCCAAGAAUGAUAGCCAGACGUUAGCUGCGCUGCUGCUGAUGACCCGCCUGUGCCCGGCCAACCAGCUGGAUAAAUCCACCGUACGGCGCAUCUUUGACGCGGUGGGCCUAAACCUGCUGGCCCGGCUCCUGGUGACGGCCGUUCGGGGGGCCGACGGAUCAGCUCUGCCCCCCCAGGAGCUGCUCUCUCUGGGCGCGGCUCUGCUCGCCGCCCUGAGCGCAGACCCCGUCAUGGCCGCCCACCCCCAGCUGCUUGCCACCGUUCCCCUGCUGCUGGACCUCCUGGCCGACGGGUGGGUGUGUCACCAGCAGAACCGGGCCGGGGUCGGCCCAGAGGACCUUCCCAGAGGGCCCAAUGAGGCGAGGAGGAGGAGGAGUUCUGCUGGGGAUGAAGGCAGCGAUGCAGACGGGUCUGCAGCCUCCAGACUGGAGCAGGCCGUGGCUGCUGACUGCUUCCAGGUUCUGACGGCUGUGUGCGCUCUACCCAGGGGCCCCGAGCAGCUCCUGAACCGGGGGGCCGUCCCUGCUCUGUGCCGGGCCGUGGAACAGAACCGGACCCCGACCCACCAGAGGGCGCUCUCCCUUCUCGGGAUCCUGCUCUGCAGUAAAGCCAAAGAGAAAGCCUGGAGGAACCACCAAGCAGAGCUCCUGUCUCUGCUGCUCCGACUCUCCAGAGACUUGCUCCGGUCGGCGGACCUGAGCCGCUUCCAGAUGUGCUCCUCCUUGGUGGUGUUCCUGCCCCCCGCAGGCGUGGCGUCGCAGAGCGAGGAGCUGAAGGAGGCGGUAAGCAGCGUGUGGGCGGCGCUCAGACCCAUGCUGCAGGCCAAGUUAACGCCCAAACAGAUGGGCCCGGUUCUGGUCCUCGGUGCCUGCUUACUGGACCUGUACGGCUGGGAGUCGGCUGGUUCACCCAAGUUCUGCUGCCUGCUGGUGAACCGGGCCUGCGUGGAGGUCAGGAUGGCUUUGGAAGAACCUCCUGGGAACGAUCUGAGCGCAGAGCUGCAGAACACGCUCACAGGAUGUUACCGCAUCAUGGAGGCCGCCAUGGAGCAGGCCUGCACCUCCUUAGACGCGGCGCCGCCUCCCGGCUCCUCCCUCAGCCUGCAGCAGAGCCAGCAGGUCCUCGGGGUUCUGCAGGAGGCCUUCUCCGCCGUCAUGUUCCACCUGCAGCAGGUCGGAUCAGCUCCUCGUCUGCCGGCGGUGCUUCUGGGCGCGCUCAGACUGACGCCUCUCGUCUUCCCUCAGGGUGGACCCAAAGUUUCCUUUCCUCCUUUGUGGACGCUCCGAGUUCUGUCCUUUUGGGAACCCAAGCUCCUGUUCUGGUGGUUUGAACCGGAACCCGGGUCUCCUAGGGGGCAGGAGUCUGUUCCCGUUGACCAGGAGUCCCCAUUGGGAAAACGGGGCUCCGCCCUCCUUCAUUUUCGGGAGUUUGACAGGGAGAAUCAGGACCCUGCCGCCAGGGAAACGGAACCUCCUGCUGAUUUGGAUUCUGUGCGUCCCGUUCACCGUGGCUCCUCUCCUCCAGGUCCGGCUGAAGCCGCCCAGAGACGGUUCUUCUCUGCAGCUCUGCGGCUCCUCCAGGGCGCCCUGCGCUCCUCCUCGGGUUCCGGUCCAGUGAGCGACGGCUGGAAGGAGGCGGCGGAGCUGUGGCGUCUGUCCCUGCAGGCCCUGGGAGGCUGCGUCCGGACUCAGCCGUGGAUCGUCGCUCUGAUCCGAGAUGAAGGCUGGCUGAAGCACGGCGUGCUGACGGGGGGCGGCGCCUCACCUGACCCUCAGACCGAGGAAGUUCUGGAGGAGGUUCUGUGUGCCGUGGCGGAGCGCUGCCAGGACUGUCGGCAGGAGAUCAGGGAAAUGAUGAGGAGUGGAGGGGGAGGAGCUCUGAGGAUGAAGAGUCUGAGGAAGAUGGUGGGAGUUUGAAGAUCGGGAGGCGAGAUGUUCUCUGUCAAAUGAUGAAUAAAGAUUAUUUUACUACA